AUGGUCGAAUUCACGGUUUUUCAAGGUUCGGAGAGUGGGAAGGUUGUUGAAGCCCGCGCCGAGCGGCCUGAUCCCACCGACAAGGAAGUACUCGUACGCAUCACUCAUUCCGGCCUCUGUGGAACCGAUGAGCACUACAAACAUGCAAAAAUUGUUCUCGGACAUGAGGGUGCUGGAGUUGUGGAGGCCAUCGGCUCAAAAGUCACAUCGCUCAAGAUUGGCGAUCGCGUUGGCUGGGGUUAUGGACAUGGGAGCUGUCGUCAAUGCAAAUAUUGCUUGCGAGGGGAAGAGCUUUAUUGCAACCAACGCGAGAUAUACGGUGAAUCCAACCUGGAUCAAGGCUCCUUCGCUCAUGCGGCCGUAUGGCCUGAGGACUUCCUUUACAAGAUUCCUGAUGAACUCUCUAAUGCCGAAGCGGCUCCAUUGAUGUGUGCUGGCAGUGCAGUAUUCUCGCCGCUGCAUAAAUUCAACGUCAGGCCAAUCGAGCGUGUUGGGGUCAUUGGGGUUGGCGGGCUAGGACAUCUAGCCAUUCAGUUCGCUGCAAAGAUGGGCUGUGAGGUGGUAGUGUUGUCCACUACGGAAUCUAAACGCGCAGAGGCAAUGAGACUUGGAGCCAGUGAGUUUCAUGCUUUCAAGACAGCCCCUCCCGCCAUGGAACUCUUAGAUCAUCUCCUUGUCACUUCAGGGCAGCAACCAAACUGGGAAUCAAUAUUCCAGAUUAUGGCUCCCGGAGGGACUAUUUAUGCGCUUACGGUCGACAUGGGGGAGAUAAAUUUUCCAUAUUUACCAUUGGUUAUGAAGGCUUUGCGGAUCCAAGGCAGCCUGCCCGCAGCCCGAGGAAGCCAACAAGAAAUGUUACGUUUUGCUGCCCGCCAGCUUGUAAAGCCUAUUGUGAUGACCUUUCCUUUGACUACAAGUGGAAUAGAGGAGGCCAUGGAGACUCUUCGACAGGGAAAGAUGAGGUAUAGGGGUGUUUUGGUGCACGGGGUCUGA